AUGGCGCCGCCCCUCGAAAUCUCCAUCCCCAGCACCUCCCUGCACACCCCCACCGACAACACCAAGCCAUACACCCUCUACAACAUCACCAUCCGCCUCCCCCUCCGCUCGUUCGUCGUCCAAAAGCGCUACUCCGACUUCGCCGCCCUGCACCAAUCCCUCACCUCCCUAGUCGGCGCCCCCCCGCCCUCCCCCCUUCCCCGGAAAAUCCUGGUUCCGCUCCACCGUCGCCUCCCCCGAACUGACCGAGCAGCGCCGCGCCGGCCUCGAACGCUACCUGCGCGCCGUCGCCGAGCCCCCCGACCGCCGCUGGCGCGACACCCCCGCGUGGCGCGCGUUUCGGAUCUCUCCGCGACUACAUACUGGGGUGCUGAUUGGGAGGCGACCCGGGCCCCGUUGGUCGAUCUGAAUAAGGAGCUGAAGCGCGAGCUGGGGGUGGCGCGGGCUGCGCUGGCGAUGAGGGAGCAUGCUUGUAGUGGGGGGGAGAGGGAGGUGCGGGAGGCGGAGGCCCAGGCGAGGAGGGCGUUGGUGAAGGCGGGGAGUCUGUUAGGGCCGUUGGAGGAGGGGCUGCGCGUGAUGAAGGAGAGUGGGCGGUUGGGGGGUGGCGAGUUUACGAGGAGGAGGGAUGCCGUGGAGGCGGCUAAGUAUGAGAAGGGGUUGUUGGAUCAGCUGGCGGCGGCGUUGGCUACGAGGGGGUCGGGUAGUGGUGGAGGGAAGGAGCAGUCGGGGAGUGAUCGGGUCAAGUUGGUGGGCACGCGCAGGCCCGUGGGGAGGACGAUUGGCGCGCCGCUGCCCGAGACGGAGGAGACGCGCGAGCUGGACAAUGAGGGCGUGCUGCAGCGGCAGAAGGUGGUCACCCAGGAGCAGGACCAGAGGGUGAGCGAGCUGGGCGCGGUGGUCCAUCGGCUGAACCAGCUCGGGACGGCCAUCAACGACGAGGUCAUCUACCAGAACGGCAUGCUGGACCAGGCCAACGAAGCGGCCGACACCCUGGACCGCAAGCUCCGCGUGGCGAACAGACGCGCCAAGAACCUGUGA